CCCCAAAUUCUUUGUUCUAUUAUGACGGAAGUGAACCAUCUUCUUCCUUCCGAGUUUGACGUUUGGGGUCAGAAAAAUGUCUGCGUUGUGUAAAGCGGUGUGUGUUUCAAAGAGAGCAGCGGAGUUGGCUCGGAUACCAUGCCGGAGUCUCCUGGGGUUUACGAAACAUUACAGUAGCGGGGAGACGGGUGAAACCCCCGGAAACGAAGAGGGUACCCCACCAGCUGAGAAAAGGCUCGGCGGGUUUGCGGCAGCGUUUGAGCUUCAUUCUGACCUGCAGCAGAAACAUGACAUCGCAGCGGCCACCGUCGGAAAGACAGCCAGCUCCAAGAAGAGACAGUCCUUCGCAUAUCUGUUAAAGCACUCUCCUUUGGUUCAGAUGGGAACUGCCAAGGAUAAAGUCGCAGUCGGCAAAAUCUUCCACAUUGUAAACGACGACCUGUACAUUGACUUCGGUGGAAAGUUUCAUUGCGUGUGCAAAAGACCUGCAGUCGACGGAGAGAAGUACCAGCGAGGCUCAAGAGUGCGUUUGAGACUGGUGGACCUGGAGCUCACGUCUCGGUUCCUCGGAGCAAAGACGGACACCACGCUGCUGGAGGCUGAUGCUGUGCUUUUGGGACUGCUGGAAUCGAAGCCAAAAUAAUAGCGUAAGCCGACUUGGACACUUCAAAAUGGACAGCAGCGCAAAUGUUAAUAUUCCCGAAAAAAAUCUGACACGUGUACAUUCUGAUCAUACGCGGGCCUCCUCAUUGUGUGUGUACAAAUAAACGUGUUAUAUUGAACAGAAAAGGCAUUUAUUGUUCUUCCUGCUCGAUGUAAACGAGCACUUUACUGCUUUUGUUUUCUUGAACACAUUUCAGUUUUUACUGUUGCAAACAAGAAUGUAAGUAACAGUAAGUAAUCCACUAAAAUCACGGCUAAAAAUAACAUGAAAAAGUAGAUCAAGAUUCAUCUUAUUUGGUUAAGGGAUUUCUAUAAAACUCCCAAGUAUGACGUAAGGGUGGUGAUAUUAAAAAUAACUGCUUAUAUUUCUUUAAAAUUUUAACACACCCUUGCAACUGAAGAACUGGAAUUUACUUUUUGUAUAAUAAAUUAUAAUGAAAGUUUAAGUACAUUAAUUUCCGCUUUUCCUCACAAUAACAGCACUGUUUAGUAAAACCUAAAAAAAAAAAAAAAGAUGCGAUUAGUGUCAAAAAAGAGAGAAAGGUUGAAAGGUCACAAUAUCACAUGAUUUCUCAGGAACCAGAGACACAUAUGUGGUGUAACAAAAUCUACCUGUUACCUUAGAUUGAGCA